AUGUUUGUUCCCUACGAUGGACAAUCCAAGCGUUUUGAGGUGGAAGCGUCAGCGCAACGAAGAUACACGGCGCAGAAAAUCAAUCGAGAAAAGCGUGAAAAAGCUGUCAGAUUGAAACAGCGACUUGAUAGCGAAAGCAGACAACAACAUCUUCUCACUCCUUACGUUCCCUCUUCUUGUUCACCGCCAGAGUCGCAAUGUUCAUUGUCGACCGAUGACGGGGAUUCCGUUACCGGAACAAAUUCCCCGCCUCGAGCUCUCACUCCAGAAGAUACUGGUUUCGAUUCCACCACUCCUUCUUUGCCUGGUGACGGAGACACGGAUUUCAGUCAAUCCGACCACCAUGAAUCGAUAGCACUCUCCAUUUCAACCAAACUGAGAUCGAUUUCCAAAAGUGACAUGGUCUUUGGUGGUUUGAGAACCGAUCCAUUCCGAUCAUACCCGAUCGAAUGGCGAGAAUAUUUUCCCGCCGUGCUCGACUUCGCCAGAGAGGCCGUCGCUCCCCGGCCCAGGUAUUUCCAAUAUAUCAUGGAACAUGAUGUCUUGUUCGAAGCGAUCGUCACCUACGUCUUAUGUGUCAUGCCGAACAAAACUCCUCAAGCCAAAUUGGCAAUGAUGUGUCAUUAUGGGGGAACCUUGUCGAAGGUCAGCAAAUCGCUCUCGUCCGCAACCGAGGCAUCGAGCGAAGCGGUGAUUAUAGCCAUUGCAAAUCUUGCCGUAAUUUGUGCCUUUUGUGGCGAUGACCGACGCUUUGACACUCAUUGCCGAGGAAUAGAUCGUCUGGUCGAAAUGCGCGGAGGCCAAAAGGCAGUCGAAGAAGAGGAUGGAUGGCUAAAGUCUACAUUGACCGCGAUCGAGGCACUUGCUCAUAUCCAAGCUCCAAAACAGGCUCCUCGAACGACGACCGCGGCCGACCCUCCCUCCCCAAUGGACAGUGAAAUGACUCCACCUCCCAGUCCCAAGAUCAGUUCACGAGUGCCAGUUUACCCAAGCCAUCCUUUUUCUCCAGAUCUGUGUGCGAUGAUUUCCAAUUUGCCCGAAGGCUUUCGCGAGCUUGCCCUCACGGGGAGUCUUUCUGUUCAACUGAUGAGCCGGCUCUCCAUCACUCGCAGUCAGGUUGUUCAUCUCAUGGCGACAGCAACGAAUGACGAUCGAGAUCGGGACUGGCAAUCUCUUCUCCUUGCCUCGACACCCAUUGAACGGAUGGGCUGGCUGGCGGUUCUUGUAUACCAUCUUCGCAGCUCCACGUACGUGGCAAACUGUCGUGAUCUCGCCAAAGUGGUUUUGGAGUGUGCCCGGGUGGGCACGACAUGUCCAGCAGAAAUGGAAUGGCUAUUGUGGGGCGCAUGCCUAUUUCUUGCUACUCCAGACCCCGAUAAAAUGCUUACCCGCGAGCGAGAGACCAUCCUAAAAGUGAUACUAAGGCUGAACAGAGGCUUAACUUUCGAGCAGAUGGUAUUGGUUGCCAACAAAUUCCUCUGGAGUGAAGGUCUCAGUAUGAGUCUGAAGAGGAUCAUGGCACUUCAUCGUCUAUCAUGA